GACCGGUGUAAAUAUUGGCGACGUAACAUCUCACAAACCAUUCUCCACCAGUGCAUCUUCUCAUUAACAAGUAGAGAGAUAUACAAUAAUCAACUAUGUCUUUCAAUGUCAUCUAGUCUGUUCAGUAAUCUAAUAUCUGAUUAUUUUUGCACAAAUUCAGAGAAUAUCCGCGUGAAUUAGCCUAUAAUUUCAAUUGAUUCACCUAUCAUUCGUGUGAGUUAUUUAACCCCCACCGGAUUUUCGGAUUGUUUUUGACAGACAGCAAAGUAAACGGCAGAGCGUAACAACACCCCGGUUAUUUUGUCUGAUCGGGUUUAUCGUUUUUUUUAUAAACAAGUUAAAAGAGUGUGGAAGACAGGAUGCAGAAGAGAAGAAAGCCUGAACCGAUCCAACUCAACCCUAUUCCCGAUGGAAACACUAUCAACGGCAGCGGUGCCGCGGAGACGAACCUAGAGGCCCUUCAGAAGAAGCUAGAGGAGUUAGAGCUUGACGAACAGCAGCGUAAACGCCUGGAAGCCUUUCUCACCCAGAAACAGAAGGUUGGAGAGCUGAAGGAUGACGAUAUGGAGAAGAUCUGUGAGCUGGGAGCCGGGAACGGAGGAGUGGUCUUCAAGGUGUCCCACAGACCCUCGGGGCUAGUCAUGGCCAGGAAGUUGAUCCACCUGGAGAUCAAGCCGGCCAUCAGGAACCAGAUCAUCAGAGAGCUGCAGGUUCUGCAUGAGUGUAACUCCCCCUACAUUGUGGGCUUCUAUGGGGCCUUCUACAGCGAUGGAGAGAUCAGCAUCUGUAUGGAGCACAUGGACGGUGGUUCUCUGGAUCAGUCUCUGAAGAAAGCAGGAAAGAUACCAGAACAGAUCCUGGGGAAAGUCAGCAUCGCUGUGAUUAAGGGCCUGUCCUACCUGAGAGAGAAACACAAGAUCAUGCAUAGAGAUGUGAAGCCAUCUAACAUCCUGGUUAACUCGCGUGGUGAGAUCAAGCUGUGUGACUUUGGAGUGAGCGGUCAGCUCAUAGACUCCAUGGCCAACUCCUUUGUGGGAACCCGCUCCUACAUGUCUCCGGAGCGUCUCCAGGGAACUCACUACUCUGUCCAGUCUGAUAUCUGGAGUAUGGGUCUCUCUCUGGUUGAGAUGGCUGUCGGACGCUUUCCCAUCCCUCCCCCCGACUCCUGCGAACUGGAAAUGAUCUUUGGGUUCCCGGUGGAGGGGGACGCCUGUUCUAGUGACACCACCUCUCCCAAGCCCAGACCCCCCGGACGGCCAGGCAGCUCCUGUGGGCCAGACAGCAGACCUCCUAUGGCUAUCUUUGAACUGCUGGACUAUAUAGUUAACGAGCCUCCUCCUAAACUGCCUGGUAUUUUCGGCGCUGAAUUUCAAGACUUUGUGAAUAAAUGUUUGAUCAAGAACCCAACAGACAGGGCAGACCUGAAGCAGUUGAUGGUUCAUCAAUUCAUCAAACAGUCAGAGGCAGAGGAGGUGGACUUCGCAGGCUGGCUGUGUAGCACCAUCGGACUCAACCAGCCAGUCACCCCAACACACAGUGUGGGCAUGUGAUGGCCCUUCUAUACACCUUAGGGAUAUGUCCCAAAUUAGUUCUCCUUCUGACCAAAAGUGUGCACUUGUUCACUUCCCUUCAAUGAUUUGAAAGUGGUGGAAACUCCCACGAGCUCAUGCUUCCACCAAUCCAAUUUUUUUGGGGGAAGCAGCAAACAAGUGCACACUUAAGGAGAUAUUGGGACACACACCUGCUUAGCUAAACACUCAUAGCCUGUAUUCAAACAGAAUUGCUUUGUUUCAUCGGGGUGGUAUUUAAUAAGGACAAUAUGUAGGUCUGCUGUUUUAAUAAAGGACAAUAUGUAGGUCUGUUGUUUUAAUAAAGGACAAUAUGUAGGUCUGCUGUUUUAAUAAAGGACAAUAUGUAGGUCUGUUGUUUUAAUAAAGGACAAUAUGUAGGUCUGCUGUUUUAAUAAAGGACAAUAUGUAGGUCUGCUGUUUUAAUAAAGGACAAUGUGUAGGUCUGCUGUUUUAAUAAAGGACAAUAUGUAGGUCUGUUGUUUUAAUAAAGGACAAUAUGUAGGUCUGCUGUUUUAACAAAGGACAAUAUGUAGGUCUGCUGUUUUAACAAAGGACAAUAUGUAGGUCUGCUGUUUUAAUAAAGGACAAUAUGUAGGUCUGUUUUAAUAAAGGACAAUAUGUAGGUCUGCUGUUUUAAUAAAGGACAAUAUGUAGGUCUGCUGUUUUAAUAAAGGACAAUAUGUAGGUCUGCUGUUUUAAUAAAGGACAAUAUGUA